CCACAGCUCGCCUAUCUCCAGCUCAGUUUUCUUGUGGAUCACUGAGACCUUUCCAUCAGAGCCUCCCUAUGCUGCCCUCCGGGUUACAGAUGUUGCUGCUGUGGCUUCUACUGUGCAUGGCCAAAUUAGGGCUCUCUAGUCCCCAAAGCCAGGGUGACAUCAUGACUGGCCCGGUGCCUGAAGACAUGCCCACCCUGUACCACGGUGCUCGUGAUGGAGUGGGUAAGGAGCCCAUCAGAGCAUGGCCGGAAGGAAUGUGUGAGGAGAGUGUAGAAGAGGAGAUGGAGCGCGAGCCUGAGUAUUAUCCCACCAAUGUCAGUCACGUGAAAAUGGUGGACAGCAGCAGUGGAAUUUAUAAAAAAUUUGAAAACAGGCAGGACAGUGUAUACAUGGUCUUCAACAAAGCGAAGUUCCGGGAAGCUGUGCCUGACCCAUCAUCAUUGGUCCGUGCGGAUCUGAAAUUGCACCUGCUCAGGCAGAGUGCAGGGCAGAUGGUGAAUCUGUAUGAGAGAUACGGCAAGAAUUCCUGGCGCUUAAUCAAAAACUGGUUGCUGAUCCUAAGUGAAUCACCAGAGUGGUUGUCCUUGGAUGUCACCGGAGUGGUGUGUCAGUGGCUGAGAAGCAGAGGGGAAUUUGAGGUCUUUCGCCUCACAGCCGAGAAGUCUUGCUACACAGAUAAUGUUCUCCACGUUGAAAUCAGUGGGAUCAACCCUAUGGGCUAUGUUGACCUUCUUGACAAUGAUGGGAUAAGCGUUAACCAACCCCGCCUGCGCCUUGUGUCCUACCCACCGGACCAGCAUAAACUCGUGGACAGCUCCCAGUACCCCUGA